AUGGUAGCGCUCCAGGGCUUGCUCGAUCGCCGCACUAGCAGGGAAACGCAUCGCAGCCGCGUGGCGCAGCGUCGGUGUCGACUCGAGCGGCAGCAAGUCGUGCUCCGCGUCCAGGAGCAGCAACACAACCGGAGCGACACCGGAAUCCGAGCUGGUCGCAUCUGGCACGCUACCGGCACCAUCGAGCUGCUGCAGCUGCGAUGCAGACGCGGCGUUCGACACCGAAGCCGCCAAUGGCAAUCCGCACAGGAGCGUCUCGAGACGCUGGUCGAGCCAGCGGCCCAGCUGCUGAUCGAGGCGGGUGCGGGUGUCCCACCAGGCACGUCGCUCCGGAGCGGAAAGCGAGAGCGCCUCCGACUCCGAGGCAAGAUGUGUUUGCGUGCCGGCCUGCAGCAGCUGGGCAAGCUCGCGCGCCAACUGCUGCGCGUCUGGCCGCUGGUCGUCGUGUACCAGCCGCUGGGCGUGCAGGUGCAGCACGGAACCCCGUGCGGCCUUGGUACAGCUGCAUUCCGCGUGCUCAUUGCAAGGCGUCCACGAAAGCGACUCGUCUGCCACGUCAUGUGGGGCAUCUUGUCGCUGCUGCUGCUGCUGCUGCUGCUGCUGCUGCAGGGAAAUGCUGCCCAAUUGAUCGACCAGGUCCGCGGGUGGUUCAGGUGCCGCGCCACUGCGCCACAGAGCGACGCGGGCGCUCUGGCCGCUCGUUGCAUCGUACCGUAG